GUCGACGCGAUGCUGCAAUAGCUGCAGUUGGCACUCGUCUCGACUGGCUGCCCAGCACCUUGUCCUUGAGCCUAGUACACACGGCCAAUCAGACAUCGUUUAAGUCCUUGCACCGGCCGGGACUGCAUUUGCAUCUCCAAAAUGUCCUCUCGAUUCCUGUCGCACAGUCGCUGGAAGAACCAGAUCUUGACAGCCAGCAAGCGCGACGCAUGGCAUUCAGAACUCGAUCUCAUCAAUAGCGCUAUUGGCAAUGAAUCCUGUGACACAGUUCAGGCAACGCAUGAAUGGGCCCUCUUCUCUUGCGGCAACGCAAUAGGCAUCAUUCCUGUCAACGAGCCCGGCAAGUAUGGACAAGCACACCCAAAAGUGGCAUGCGGCACAGUCAGCGAUUUGAGCGUAUCGCCGUUUCCCGGAGACCGGCAAGGCAUCGUCUCUUCGACAGAUGGACAAGUGCGCAUCUUUACUCUUCCAAACGCAGGAGCUGAAUUUGAUGCACAGCCAGUAUCGACUGUGCGGGCGAGUGGUGGGACAGCUAGUACGCCCGUGCUCAUACAACAUCACCCGCAAGUAUCUGGUGUCUUUCUCAUCGCUUCGGGCAGUAAGGUGGAUGUCGUUUCGGUGCAAGAAGGCAUACAACAGACGAUUGACUGUAUUUCGCCGGCCAUUACUGCAGCUUGGUCAUUCGACGGUGCAAAAGUGCUUGUUGUGUCCAAAGACUCGACACUACGAAUCUUUGAUGCUCGUUCUGGAAAAUCACUCGCAGAGGCUAAGCUUGUUGGGUCGAAGCCUGUUGUACGAUGUUUGCCUGAUGACUUGUUCGUCAUCUCCAAUCUCUCUCGGUCACGCGAGCGCGAGCUCAACCUCUACAAUCUCGCUGAUCCAGCCAAGUCGUUGCACACUUGGUCUCUUGGUACUGCCUCGACCCCUCUAAUACCUGUCCUUGAUCAUGGCCGCAACAUUGUCUAUCUUCUCGAUAAAUCUGCUGGCACAUUGCGUUGGGCCGAGACUUUUGCACCAUGGAAUGAGGGAGCAGCCAGUACAGGUGUGGAGCAAUCUUCUUCUGGCACGCUUAUCCAAUCAAUGGCGUUGAGACUGAUGGAGGGCGAAAUCAAUCGGUUCAUGAUUGCCGACACCAAGGGCAACCUCGUGCCAGUCAAAAUCAGCAUCGGGCGCAAAAGCUAUCUCGAGUUUCACGAUGACUUGUAUGAUGAGAUUCCAAUUGCUGCCAGUAUUUCUGCAAAAGACUAUUUCAAUGGCCAAGAUGAAUUCGCAAAAGUCGCCAAGCUGAGUCCAUCACUCGUGGAAGCAGCUGCCAAGGGUCAAGACAUUGCUCAUAAUGCUACAGCUCCUGUUCGCAAGCAAAAGGCAGAAAGCGCUGGCAAUGUCCCGUCAAAGGCUGCCGCUUCCGCACCUAGCAAGUCCCAAUAUCUUGACUCGGACAUUGCGGAAAAACUUGAAAGGACUAUCAUUUCCGAGCCAGAGACACGCAAGCCUGUAUCUGUAGCCCAAGUCGCUCAGAAGAAGCCUACUGCGGUAGACGCUGGCAUUUCAGCACGCGAGCAGCGGGCGUUUGAGCGUGCUGAGGCCAAGGAUCGGGAAGCAGCCAAGGCUCAAGAUGUCAAAAAGUCCGUAGCUGUCAAAGAGGUCGAAGAGGUGGCCCAAGAAGAAGCACCGAGCCAGUCUGUACACAAGGAGCAGGACAUCGCGGAACCAAGUCCAGCGGUCGACUCUGUGCCAGCUGAAAAGGAGGCUGAAACAUCUAUUGGAAGAGGCAGACCGCCAGCUCUGGACGACGAGGAUGCACUCGAGCAAGCUCGCUCUCGACGCGUGACUCCUGCGAUCGAGUCUCAGGCGGCACAAGAGAAGCAGGCCAAGCAAGAUGAGUCACCUCUUGUUGUGCAGUCACCACAGCCUCAGCGUAAUGCAACUAGCAGUGGAGGUGCGCGAGAAGUUUAUCGCGAAGAUCCUACUCAGCGACGUGCAGAGUAUGGUGCGACUGUUAAGAAAGGCUCCCUGUUUGCACAGAGAAUGGCACAGUAUGAUGCAGUUGCUCGUGGUGAAAUUGUGCGUGAGCCAAGUCCAGAGAGUGACGCAUCGCCUCGGUCUGCUGGUAGCAAGGAGGUAUUUAGGGAAGACAGGACAUCUCGACGAUCCGAGUAUGGCGCGCCUUCAAAAUUGAGUGAGUCCCCCAGGCCGACAAGUGCUUCAGCUUCUUCGCCUCUCAAGCGCGAGACUAGCACACCAAGCAAAAGUGUAGUGCCUGUCAAGUCAACAUCCCCGACCAAGGCUAUUGCAGCACCAUCGGCUCCUCGAGAGGUUUACAAGGAGGAUUUGACGGCUCGUCGAGCAGAAUAUGGCUCAGGCGCGUCCCCUAGCCUGGUCAAAUCCCCACUCAAAGAAGAACCCAGCUUCAAGCAACCGACCCGUGUCACCACUGCUGAACGGGAAGUUUACAGGGAAGAUUUGAGUGCUCGGCGAGCUGAAUAUGGUGCUGCGACUCCCAAGCUCGAGCAUGUCAGUACGUCAAACAAAGAAAUUCAACGCGCUUUGGGCAAUCCCGAGCCGAAGACGCCAGUGGAAUCUGUCGAAUCAGAGUUGGAGCCAUACAAGGCCAAAGACAAGAUACGGCCAGCAUCACCCACACGAGAGGCUCUCGAGGAUGCAUACGUUGUGAUUGACCAGAGCGACGCUGACGGUCAUGAAGAGGAGCCUUCCAAUCAAGCAAGUCCCAUGGAGGUGUCCUCUGAGAAGCCAAAGACUGCUGAGAGGGAGCUCGAAACUGCAAAAGAAACGCCUGCCACCAAGCCUGUGGCUACUGAAGAGAAGCCUUCUAUAGAAUGUCCGCCUGCACAGGAAGACUCUGCCAAAGCUGACGAGGCUGCUCCAGCAAAGAAGGAAUCUCGCAACGCCGGUGCAUCCAAGCAAAUUUCAGAUUCAGUUCUUCCGCCCUUCAAAGAGUAUACGCGCAAGUACCUCACUGGAUUCGCACAUCAUCCGCGCGAGUCAUACACAUCCUUUACAUCACUCAACGCUGGUUUGCCUAAUACUGCGCGUAUGAUUGAUGCCAACAAGACCACGAUUCUCUGCCCACUUGCAGGCCCUGGAGGACGCGUUGGAAUUCUACAAGUAUCGAAACCCGGGCGUAUGCCUUCAUUCAUUCCUGCAUUGAUGGGCGGCGCUGUUGUCGCAGACUUUGAAUUCGAUCGUUUCGUGUCUGGGCGUGCUGUGACUGCGCAUGUUGAUCAAGCCAUCAAGGUUUGGCAAUUGCCAGAUGAUCUCGAAGCUAUCGAAGCAGACAUUGAAACGCCUGUGCGAGUCAUCACUGGCUUCGAUCGUAUCUUAUCGUUGGCCUACCAUCCAGUCGCCAAGGAUGUGCUCUUGGCAGUGACACCUACCAAGGUUCAUAUCAUCAAUGUCAGCACUGGAGACAAAAUAUCUACCUUCCCUUUGCGAGGUAUUGCCAACGUAACCUGGUCGCUUGACGGAGAGCAGAUUGCAGUAGGCAAAUCAGACAAGACCAUUACUGUCCUUGAUGCGCAUGACGGCAGCGAGAUUGUUUCUUUGGCAUCUGCGCACAGCUCAACAAGACCCUUCCGUCUUGCAUUUGUUGGUCAGCACCAUCUUGCGACUGCUGGUUUCGGCAAAGGCAGUACGCGCGAAGUGGCCUUGUACAAUCUACAGACGGCAGAACAUCUCGAUACGGCAGAGCUUGAUAUUUCUCCCUCGCCCUUCUCACUGCCUUACUUUGACACAGUCUCGCGCGUCUUGUUCUUGACACCGCGCGGUACUUCCAACAUUCUAGCCUUUACAAUCAAGGACGAUACAUUGACGCAGCUACCGACAUACAGCGCUGCAGACCCUGUGAUGGGUGUUGCCUUCUUGCCUGUACACGAGUGCAAUGUUGCAGCAGCAGAAGUAGCCAAGGCGUACCGGUUGACGACGAAUGAGAUUUCCGUUGUUGGAUGGGAGAUUCCACGACCUGAGGGCGCAUUCUUCCAUGAUGAUAUCUUCCCGGAUGAAGUCAGAGAUGCGUAUGUUCCAGGCUUAAGCGCUUCUGACUGGCAAGCAGGAAAGGAUGCAAGCUUCAAGAUGGUAUCGCUGAAUGCAAAAGGCUUGAAGAGUGCGACAUCGGCUGGGAUUGGUAAGCAAGCGAGUAUUGCACGGCAACAAGCCAAGAAGGUGGUCGGCAAGCCGACAUCGUCUGGGAGCGAAAGCUCAACAAAGAAGAAGGGCGAAUUGGAUCAAAUGUUUGACAAGGCAAAAGCUGUGGUCGGCGAUGUCGAUGAGCCUGAACACAGCAAUGCGUACGGUAGAUGGGAUUGAUAAAGACAGAGUACGUUUACAUAGAAACACUUAUACAUCCAC